AUGGAGCGCAGGAUCAACUCAGGCCACAGCUACCUCGGCCUGGGGGUGUAUGAGGUGGAAGUAAGGGCUAACCUUGAGAGGGAUAUGGCACCAGAAGCAGAAGAAGGCCUCAUUGGCGAAGGAGCUGCAGGUCUGUAUGGCAACGAGAACCCUGAAGGCGAUGUGAACCAUGAGGGCGACAUGAACCACGAGGGUAGCAACGUUGAUCAGGAGCCCAGAGAGCUGCAGUGGGAGGAACAGGCCCACAUGGCUGCCCAGGGCCCACAGCACCGGAAUACGCAGCCGCGAUUCCAGCGCAAUACGUUUACGCCGUUCCAGCUGCAGGAGCUGGAAAGUGUUUUCCGAGACACUCCGUACCUUGAUUUGCUCACAAGAAGGGAGCUUGCAAGACGCAUCGGUGACACUGAAACCAGAGUGCAGGUCAGUAACCCUGAGAAAAACCGUUCGGUAGAACAGCCAUUUUAA